UUUCACACAGUUACACACAACUGCAAAUCUCUCACAAACCAGACCUUCAUUAUCACUCAGAUGAGUGUUGUAAGUGAUUCUCCGGUGCACUCGUCCAGCAGCGGCGAUGAUUUCGCGUCGUUUCUCGAUGCGGAGUUGGAUUCGGCUUCCGAUACGUCUCCGGAGCCUGGGGACGAGGAUGAUGAGAAUGAGAACGAUGAAAAUGAGAAUGAUUACGACUCGGAAUUGUUUAGUACUAAAAAGCAGAAGGUGGAGUUAUCUGAUAAGGCUGUAGAUUCUUAUGGCUCUACAUCAAGUGGAACCGGAACUAAAUUGGAAGUAUCUAUCGAAGAGGAUAUCUGCACACAUCCAGGUGUUAUUGGAGGAAUGUGUAUAAGGUGUGGGCAAAAGACUGAUGGUGAACAGUCUGGGGUUGCAUUUGGCUAUAUCCACAAGGAUUUAAGACUUGCUAAUGAUGAAAUUGCUCGAUUGCGCAACAAUGAUUUGAAGAACCUGUUCCGCCAUAAAAAGCUAAAUUUGGUUCUUGAUCUGGAUCACACACUUCUUAACUCAACCCAGUUUAGGCAUAUUAUGCCAGAAGAGGAGUAUCUAAAAGUCCCGCCCGAUUCUCUACCAGAUGCACUGAAGGGAAAUUUGUUCAGACUAGAUUUUAUGCACAUGAUGACCAAAUUAAGGCCUUUUGUGCGGACGUUCUUAAAAGAAGCAAGUAAGUUGUUCGAAAUGUACAUAUAUACAAUGGGUGAACGAGCCUACGCUGUGGAAAUGGCAAAGCUGCUUGACCCAGAAAAUAUCUACUUCAAUUCUAAAGUGAUUGCGCAAGGGGAUUGCACCCAGAGACAUCAAAAGGGUCUUGAUGUGGUUGUGGGGCAAGAUAGUGCUGUUUUGAUCCUUGAUGAUACAGAACAGGUUUGGGCGAAGCACAAAGAAAACCUGAUAUUGAUGGAGAGAUAUCACUACUUUGUUUCAAGUUACCGACAAUUUGGCUUUAAUUGCAAAUCACGUUCUGAACUCAAAUGUGAUGAAAGUGAGGAAGAUGGAGCCCUUGCUACUGUUCUUGAAGUUCUCAAACGAGUUCACUCAAUUUUUUUUGACCCUGAACAAGGGGCUGAUAUUACUAAGAAGGAUGUUAGACAGGUGCUGAAAACUGUCCGAAAGGAAGUUUUGAAGGGCUGUAAGCUUGUUUUCACCAGGGUUUUCCCGGCUAAAUUUCCUGCUGAGAGUCACCACCUUUGGAAGAUGGCAGAGCAAUUGGGAGCCACAUGCUCGAGAGAAGUCGAUCCCUCAGUGACCCAUGUUGUCUCCAUGGACAAAGGAACAGAGAAAUCUCGAUGGGCUGUCCGGGAAAAUAAGUUCCUGGUUCAUCCGGGGUGGAUAGAAGCUGCUAACUAUCUUUGGCGUAAGCAAGCAGAAGAAAACUUUCCUGUUGACGAAGCGAAGCAGACAAAAUGAAUGCAGAUCCAAUGUUGUAACCUUCAAGUUAGAAAUAACAGAGUAGCAAUUAACCUGGUACACCUUUUUGAAUACCAUUAUUCUUACCAUAUAGUCUGAUCUAGCCCAUAUAUAUCUUACUCCCUCUGUCCCAUCCAAUUCUUAUCAUUUGAAAUGGAGUACUCGGCAUGCAUUUUAAAACUCAUAAAUAAUAUAGUUUCAUAACUUAUUUUUUAAAUUUUCUUUUUCUGAAUAAAAAUUUAAACAUUAAACUUUUAUUCAGAAAAAAGAAAUUUAAAAAUAAAUUAUAGAACUAUAUUUUUCAUGAGCCUUAAAAUGCGUGUCGAGCAAUCCCGUCCAAACGAUAAGAAUCGGAGGGGACGGAGGGAGUAGAAGGCAGUGUAUUUCUGAAAGCACUUGGAGGCUGUAAAUAUUUAUCACCUUGAUCCCAAAGCUUGUAGACUUAAAUGACAAGUUUUACACUUGCAUCUGUGUACACAAGUUUCCUUGUCUUACUCUGUGAUAACUAAUUUAAAGCUUAAAGUUAAAAAUAUUCUUUUGUACUCGUUUCA